AGAGGAAGCUCGGCCGAUUCUCAGCUCAGGAGGGCAGGAGAGGAAAGGGAGGUGUCCGGGGCUGGAGCUCGGCAGGUGCUGGCUGUGGAAAAGCUGAGGCUGGCUGGAGAUCGCCCACAGACAGGACGAAGAAAAGUUGAUUGCAAACAAGACCAUAGUUUGAGCCAUCAUGGAACAAGCAGUCGGUGAACCCAUGGGAGACCAGAUCACACAGACACAUUGGACAGGGGACAUUGCCACAGCUAAGAAGUGCACGGUGAUCGGAGGCUCGGGAUUCCUGGGGCAGCACAUGGUGGAGCAGCUGCUGGCCAGAGGCUACACUGUCAAUGUGUUCGACGUCCGGCAAGGCUUUGACAAUCCCCAUGUGCGCUUCUUCCUGGGCGACCUGUGCAGCCAGCAGGACCUGUACCCAGCUCUAGAAGGCGUAAGCACUGUUUUCCACUGUGCAUCGCCCUCGGCGUCCAGUAACAACAAGGAGCUCUUUUAUAGAGUGAACUUCUUUGGCACCAAGAACGUCAUUGAAACUUGCAAAAAGGCCGGGGUUCAGCCAGGGGCUCAGGAAGUCUCUGCUAGUGAAGACAAGAGGUGGCGGGUCCUCCAGAGAAACCCCCUGGGGGAGUCAAAGCCCCGUGUGGCCGUCCGCAGCACCAGCCCUCCCUCCUUCCUGUGUGGCGACUAUCCUGCGUUCAGCUUUAUCGUUUCUCUUUGCUCCGUGAGUACCCAGUGUGGGUGGGUACCUGAGGUGGCAGACUCACAGCGACACGCUCCUCUCCUGUUCCUUCAGACAGUCCUGAGCGCCAAUGAUCCCGAGCGGAACUUCUUCACCACAGCCAUCCGCCCCCAUAGCAUCUUCGGCCCAAGGGACCCCCAGUUGGUCCCCAUCCUUGUCGAGGCAGCGAGAAAGGGCAAGAUGAAGUUCAUAAUUGGAGAUGGGAAGAACUUGGUGGACUUCACGUUCGUGGAGAACGUGGUCCAUGGACACAUCCUGGCCGCAGAGCACCUCUCCCGAGACACAGCCCUGAGCGGGAAGGCAUUGCACAUCACCAACGACGAGCCCAUCCCGUUCUGGACCUUCCUGUCCCGCAUCCUGAUAGGCCUCAAUUACGAGCCGCCCAAGUACCACCUGCCCUACUUGGUGGCCUACUACCUGGCCCUUCUGCUGUCCCUGCUGGUGGCGAUGGUCAGUCCCCUCGUUCGAAUCCAGCCCACUUUCACACCCAUGCGGGUCGCACUGGCGGGCACAUUCCACUACUACAGCUGUGAGAAAGCCAAGAAGCUGACGGGCUACCGGCCACUGGUCAGCAUGGAUGAGGCCUUGGAGAAGACCGUGCAGAGCUUCCACCACCUGCGGAAGGUCAUGUGAGGCCCCCGAGACCGGACCAACAUGUGCGCCCUGCCUGGUAACUCCCCGUGUGCUGACCAAUGAGUGGCCUUCAGCCUGCAGCUCUUCCUGCGGGUUCAGUGAGAACACACCUGCCCCUCCAUGACCACAGGAUGACCACAGGCGCCUCUUCCUUCCCAGCUUGAGAUUUGCAUUCUUAAAGUGUGUAGCUUCAUGUUCUAUUGUUUUGUUUUCUGUCUCUUUCUCUCUCCAUUCUCUGCCACUGUCUUUCUCUUUCUUCCUCCUCCUCCUCCUCCUUCUCCUCCUUCUCCUCCUCUCUCUCCUCUCUCUCACUGGUUUCUUAUUAUAACAACCACCCCCCCCAGAAGUCGCCCAUUUCAUUACUGUGGCCUUAUAUAUAAUUGAAGCUGUAGGAAAGAACAACUCAUUACCGAUAUCCUAGAAGAAAAGCAGAAGUUGUAAACACAUGUGAGACUUCAAAUGUACAUUUUACAUCAACAUAGUUUAGAGCCAAAAAAAAUACAAGCAAAAAGUAUAAAUGACUAAUUCCCCAUCCCUGGGGGAAGAGAAGACCACUGGUUGUUGACCUUCCUAGUUCUUUAAAGGACUGUCAUUUUGCCUGCCUGCAUUGGUCUUUUAUGAAACAUUCCCCUUUAUCACCAGAGUCCUGUUGUUAGUGGCAGUGGUGAUCCAGUGCAGUGCUCAGUUUCUCUGACUCAAGGCAUUGGCCGGUGGACCGCUGGGGAGAGAGAGUCCAUGAGCUGAUGCAGAAAGGGCAACAUCCCUGCUGCUUGCACCUGUGAACUCCUGAAGGUCAACUUGCAAAGGGACGAGCACAACUAACUCUUCAGCCUUUUCUAUUAUCUGGUGAUGUUUUGCUUCCAGAAACCAGCUUCUCUGACUAAUUGAAAUGUAAUAUUAAAGAUUCCCAUCAUCUUCUUCCAAGGGGAGACUAGAAUAAAUGAAGGUCUACAAGCA